AUGAAUAUUCUAGGUUCUCGCGGUCUAUCGGGAUAUCGUAACGAUUUCAUGGACGAUUUGGACUAUAUAUACGAUCAAGGUAUGCAAGAUGAUUUCGAAGACGAAUUUGUUCAUUCUCAACGACGUUAUAAGGAACGCGCAGCUGCUGCUUUCUCCGAAGAUUUGGCUGACUUGAGGCGUAGGCGAAGGGACAUGCAGGAUCGCAUCUUCGAUGUGCUAGACUUGAACGCUGAAAUCGAGAAAGCUAAAAAUACUCUGGAACAAGCGGACAUUGCUUUCCAAAGACAUGCAACGAAAUUCGACAACACAGAUAAUUGUGAAGACAUAUCAUCAAAGAAAUUCAUCAAUCUGGACGUUGUUCCAGAGAAAACAGUACCUAAAACAAUAAAAUUCGUGAAAGUUCCCAACGUAAAUGCAGAGUCCUCUACUCCACAAUCUAUAAAGCUAAGACAUGAUAAAAUGUACCCUUUAGUAGAAUCGAAUGAAAUCGCUGACCCAUUGAAUGCGCGUGCAUUGCUACCAUCAAAGAGGAAAUUUUUGAAAAGAAAGAAAAGUGUUUCGUUUUAG